UUGAUAUGAUGGUGUUGAGGAAGGAAUAGGACACAGAGAUGAAGGGAAGGAAGUAGGGAGGGAGGAAAGAGCAUUACGCAGGUUGCAAUGACAUCACCCUCAUUAGACUAUAAAACUGUGAGGAGAGCAGCACAGGGGUUUAGAGUAGAGCUGGAGCUCAUUGAGGAACAGAGAGAGAAAGAGAGAGAGAGAGAUCUUUUCUUACAUUUGUUUUUUUUUAAAUCUGAGAAUUGCUCCUUCAUUAAAAGUCAGGAUGAAUGUCGUGCAGCUGAUGGCUUGUGGACUAAUCAUGAGUCUUAUGUUGGUCAGAACAGAGGCGAGACCCACAACACCAAGCCAGCAAAAGGCUCUGGAAGCUCUGCUGGGAGAAGAGCUGGCGGAUUUUCUGGCUUCAGGUGAACGCAGGAUGCGGCUGCUGAGGGAACUCCGCACAGACACUCGCGCCAAGGGCAUGUGGGCACGCUUUGUAAGUGACCAGAAUGGCUCACGGAGGCACAAAUCAGGAACAAAGAAAGCAGGAAGCACCACCAGGAACGGCUGCUUCGGACACAAGAUGGACAGAAUAGGCACCAUCAGCGGCAUGGGCUGCCAACCGGCGUAUUACCCAUCCACAAAUAACCUCUCCUGAGUAUCGCCAGGACGAUGAGGUUUCGGACAAUGUUGACUUUCUCCUUUUGAGGAAAAGCCUUAAGAAAAUGUAUUUAAAAAAAAAGAAAAAAAAGAAAAAAGACCCAGAUUGUCGGUACGGAAAGUUGCCAAGAUUGAGCACCAUGGGAGAAAAAAAUGUAAUCAUCAAAAAUGUAAAAAAAAAAAAAAAAAAAUUCCACGCCUCAUCAGUGACAUCACAAG